AUGGCACCGGCAAGCACCGAAAUCACUUCCUGCCUCGUGAUAGUGAAAUCCCACAUCCUGCACACAUACGACGAUCCCCUCCUCGGGGAAAACUUCGUCUUGCCGGGCCACGUUGACUACGAAGCCGGUCCAGCAGUUGUAGCUCACAUCCGAGCCUUGGGGUUCCUGAAGAAGCGCCUCGGAGGUCCGUAUUUUGAUCUCGAGGCCAUCCGGGAUGGGCACUGUCGCUUGGCUUUUGCGGAGAGGGAUGUGAAGAAGACCAUGGUUACGAUAGUGUUGAAGAGCCAUGCUCGCUCAUGGAUGAUGCAGAUGACCGGUAGCAUUGGCCGCGCAGCUCGCACUGCUUUCUACCACGACCGACCAAUUCAUCUUCGCCAAUCCAAAAGACACUGCCCACUCGAGCUGCUUAGCCGCACGACAGGCACCGAUCGCGUGAUUGACGAGUUCACAUUUAGCUCCACCCAUAACCGACUUAUUGACUGGCGGUGCGUCUCCUUGCCUUUGCCUUCUCACAUCACCGUCCACCACAUCUACGUGAGGGACACACACAGUAUCCCAGGCAGCACCCUCCCCCCCCCCAUCCCCGACAGGCCCCCACUUUCGCAAUUCCGUUUCCCUCCGUUUACCUCCGUGGUCCUCCGUGGUCCUCCGUGGUCCUCCGUGGUCAACAUCCGCGGCGACCGUCUCUACCACGAGCACAUCGCGUGGGACCAAGCGUCCACCCUCCGCCAGCUGGCGACUCCUCCCCGAUUAUCUCCCAUACCCCUGAUGUCGAGAAACGGCGGUGAAAAUGCUGGACGCAAGCGCGGUGGUAAGCAACGAGAUGCCUUGGCUGUGGGAUCCGAGAGGUGGAUGAUCGUCAAGGUCUAA